UGCAUAUUCCGGUGAAGGCAGUGACCAGAUUUGGCUGGGCGAUGUUAAAUGUCAAGGAAACGAGACUAUGAUCGAUGUAUGUAUGUCCAGCCCAUGGGGACAGCACAACUGCGGACAUAAUGAAGAUGUGGGAGUAACAUGUAGUUCAAGUGCUAUUAGACUUGUUAAUGGUACAAGGCAAUUCGAGGGUCGUGUCGAAGUUUAUCACAAUGGAACAUGGGGUACGGUAUGUGGGGAUGGUUUGAACAUUAACUUUGCCAAGGUCGUGUGUCGACAACUCGGAUAUGCUACGGAAAAUGUUGCGUUAGUUUCAAAUGCCUAUUACGGUGAAGGUAAUGGCCCUAUUUGGCUUGACGAUGUUACUUGUCAAGGAAACGAGACUGUUAUCAACUUGUGUAUGUUCAGACCAUGGGGACAGCACAACUGCGUACAUAAAAAGGAUGUCGGAGUUACAUGUAGAGCUUGCAAAGUACCGUACGUAAGAAGCGCCAAAUAUGCUAGGGCGGCGAUUAGUUACAACACGACCAUUACGUACACAUGUGUAGGAGGCUACAUCCAUACGAAUGGCAAUUUAGUGAGGAAUUGUCAAGCUGACGGUCAAUUGGAUGGUAUUUCCCCAACUUGUACUAUUGGUUCACGUCUUAUUAGACUACGGAACGGUACAACGCAAUUAGAGGGUCGUGUUGAAGUACUUCACAACGGAUCAUGGGGUACGGUCUGUGGGAAUGGUAUAGACACAAACUUUGCCAAGGUCGUAUGUCGGCAGCUCGGAUAUGAUACGGUCAAUGUUGCGGUUCGUUCGAGUGCCUAUUUCGGUGCAGGUAGUGACCAGAUUUGGCUGGACGAUGUUUUAUGUCAAGGAAACGAGACUGUGGUCGACUUGUGUAUAUCCAGCUCAUGGGGACAGCACAAAUGCGGACAUAAUGAAGAUGUCGGAGUUACAUGUAGUUCAAGUGCUAUAAGACUACGUGACGGCUCAACGCAAUUAGAGGGUCGUGUUGAAGUACUUCACAAUGGAACAUGGGGUACGAUCUGUGAUGAUAACACAGACUCAAACUUUGCCAAGGUCGUAUGUCGACAGCUUGGAUAUGCUACGGACAAUGUUACCGUACUUCCAAGAGCCUAUUACGGUAGAGGUACUGGCCCGAUUUGGCUGGACGAUGGUAUUUGUCAAGGAAACGAAAGUGUGAUCAACUUGUGUAUGUUCAAACCUUGGGGACUACACGGCUGUUGGCAUGGAAGAGUUGUUGGAGUUGCAUGUAGUUCAAGUGCUAUAAGACUACUUAAUGGUGCAAGACAAUUUGAGGGACGUGUUGAAGUAUAUCACGAUGGAACAUGGGGUACGGUAUGUGGAUAUGGUUUGAACAUUAACUUUGCCAAGGUCGUGUGCCGACAACUCGGAUAUGCUACGGACAAAGUGGCGUUACUUUCAAAUGCCUAUUACGGCAAAGGUAAUGGCCCGAUUUGGCUGGAUAAUGGUACUUGUCAAGGAAACGAGACUGUUAUCGACUUGUGUAUGUUCAGACCAUGGGGACAGCACAACUGCGGACAUAAUAAAGAUGUCGGAGUUACAUGUAGAGCUUGCAUUUUACCGUACGUAGUAAACGCUUCCAGAGAUACUGGGGCAGCAAUUGUUUACAACACGACCGUUACUUACACAUGUGCAGGAGGCUACAUCCAUACGAAUGGCAUAGUGAGGACUUGUCAAGCUGACGGUCAGUUGGAUGGUAUUCCUCCAACUUGUACUCGCGCGGUGCCACACAGCACGUAUACAGUCCCCACAAACACACUCCUCGGUGCACGUGUAACGUACUCGUGUAAUUAUGGGUAUACGGUGUCGGGUGCAAAGACCAUUGCAUGCUUGGCAAGCGGUUGGGCCACACGACCAGUCUGUCAUCCAGACGUUGCCUGUGAUGAUCUUACUCAAGCUGACGAAGACGACCUAGAGAAAGUACAUCAAGAGGCGACACAAAUUAUAUCCGGGGCCACACGACUAGCCUCCUUAUCAAACUUGUACACUGAAACGGGACUUGAAUCUCCAAGAGAAAGAAGGCGAAAACAUAAACCAACAUUUUUCUACAAGAUGUUAAAUUCUCUUACACCUAAUUAUCUUUCGACAUUUAUUCCAUCCUGA